AUGUCUACAGAAACAAGGCCUUAUCAAUGGGACAAAUUUAGUGAAACAUCUGCCGUAGUUGGAAUAGGAAAAACACGUGAAGAAUACUUAAAAUUGUUUUCACGAGCGUGCAUUUCACCACAAAAUGAUCGACCAUAUUCAAGUCCAAUGUCAGGAUUUUAUGAUACAAUAAAUACAAGUACAAGUUUAAUUUUACUCAAUCAACGUUUUAAAUGUUCACAUUUACGUGAGCAAACUUUACUUGAGGAACUUUCAAAUUCAUCUGGAAAAGAAUUCGAUUACGAAAGUAUAAUUGAAGCUGAACAACCAAAACCAAAAAAUACAAAAAAAAUUCAUUCACCAAACAUUUCAGUUGAUCCAAACCGACAUUUUGAAAGUAUUAUUAUUCAAUUUUGUUCUACUUUCUUUUCUUUUUUAAUUCUUAUUCAGGGUCAAACCAAAUAUUGGCAUAAUCGUCGUUGUACAAGUUCAUGUUUAAUGAACCAUCCAACAAAUAUUUCUCAUACAGAACCGAAUCUAAUAACACAAUCUCGUAUAUCACAUAUGAAACCAAGACAAUCUGUAUCUGUUAAUCGUCGUUCACCAUCUGGUAUAUUCAAGCAAAAUAAAUAUCAUGAAGAACCUCAACCUGAUUCAUCUUGUACUGAAUCUGUUUAUCAAUAUUAUUGUGAUGUAGUAGAAGACUCUAAACAAUCUGAAUUUAAUUUACAACAAUAUCCAAUUAAAGAAUCAUUUGAUCAACGUUUAAAAUCAACUGGAAUUCGUCGUAAAUUACCAUUAACAAGAGGUCAACAAUUAUCUUUAUUAGAAAAAUAUCAUAUUUAUGAUAUCAAAGAUACUAAAGUACGACGGAGCCAUUCUUAUUCACAAACUUUAAAUGAUCGUUUGAAAGCAGAUUUCAAUUGCAAACCGAAAUUUCGUUUAAAUGAUAUUCGUGAUUAUGGUAAAUAUGCAAAAUAUAUUCAAGUAUCUCGUUCAUUAACUCCAAGUUCUUUUGCUAUUCGAUCAACUGAUAAUAAAAACCAAUCGACAAAUAAUGAUCUUCAUAAAUCAUUUACUAUGAAUAAUAAUAAAAUUCCUCUUACUAUUCUUCAUCAUCAAGAACCAAAACAAAUUCCAACACUACCUAUUCAGAUUUAA